AUGUUUUAUCCUGUUGAGUCUUUGAAAAGAGGAGGAAGAUUUUAUUUAUGUUGGGUGGCAGACUCUUGGCCUCUUCGUUUUGCAACGAUUACUCAUCGUCAGCUUUGGUCUCAAGACAUACGACAAAUAUGUGACGAUUUAUUGGAAGUUAUGAGAAAUGAGUCUGGUCGCCCAAAAAAUAGGUUUUCUUUACGACUGAGUUCCCAACUGAUGCGUGGGCUAGUUCGAUUAUAUCAAAGAAAAGUUACUGUAUUCGUUGGUGAUUUAUGCAUGAUCAAUGCACUUGUGAUGAAAAGCACUAAUAAAAAAAUAAUGCAUGAAACAACAGCCCAUGAAUCAGUAAUGAUUGUUCAUCGUCCAGACUUGCCAAGAUUGGUGUUUGAGGAACCAGUAGAUGAUGAUAAGAUUGAAGAACGGAUCCGGAACAGUGGUAAUAUAGUCGCAGAUGUACAAGAUAUUACGUUGAAAGAACCUCUUCUGCCAGAAAACAGGAUGCAUUUAGAUGAUGGUUUCGGGGAGCUCCACCCUGAUCAGCCACUGCAGUUGCUAGCGGACAGGACUCUAGAGACCAUGUUGGUGCAGGACGCAUCUGCCACAAUACACAGCGGACUGGACUUGCAGGACUUGUCCACAGACAAGUCGCACGACAAGUCCAGAAGAAUGCCUCACGAGUCGGCGCAGAUGGAGCGGAUAUCUGAACAUGACUUAUCUAUAUUUAGAAAAUCAGUUGGUGACGAAUUGAUCCCUGGAGCUGAUUUUGAUAAAGAAAUACCUGAAAUUCCCGAAUUCCCGCCUCCCGACUUGCCUGCUCCUGAAACAGAGAACCAAUUAGGACAACGGCUAAGAGAGUCAGUACGACCUUCAUCUCUUGAGAUUACAGAAAAUGCGAAGGAAAAAUCAAUCGAGGAAAUUGUUUUGCAGGAACUGGAAGAGGAGCCCCGAAUGAAAAGGCGUAAAUUAAAAAAUAAGUUGAUCGUUGACAAGAAAAUUAAACUGAGUUCUAAUUUUAUACGAUCGCGCAUCGAAAAUAUCAAUGUGGACCUGCGUUGUGAGGACGGUAUUUGCGACAUAAUUAGUAUCUACGCAACACCUAACAUUCUUCUAAAUAGACCGGCACACUGUGGAUCUUCACUGCAUUCGAACUUUGGGUACAAGCUGUCCUACUUGUUCUCGAGAAACCUGGGAACAGCGCAGAGACCAUCAGCAGAUAGAGAUAUUGAGGAGGUUGUGGCUCAAAGAACAAGGCAAUCGCACAUGAGGUCGAUUCUUGAAAAAAUCGAUGAAGAAACUGAACCAGUCGACAAGAGAGUCCCGUCCGCGCAUCAUGAAUUCGAUGUUUCAAAAGAAAUUAACAUCACGGACCCAAACAUUGUACAAGACGAAAUACAAGUGCCAGGAGCACCAGGCCAAGAAAUAAUGGAUAUAUCGGAUUUACCAACACAAAGAGUGUUUGCAAUGUCGCAGAAACGAACAAGCGACAAUGCUCCUUCGCCAAAAAGGCAACGUCGUGGUGGCUACGUGUCGUACAGACUCAGCCAACAAACAGAGCUGGAAGUAUAUAACGCAGAAGUAAAUAAAGAAAAUAUACCCCAUAAUCGUCAACAAGACGCAGAACGUAUAACUGCGAUGUUAGUUGAAGCUGGUUUAGCAGAUAUACAGGAACAAGAGAAGACAACAGACGUCGAAAACAUAAAUCCAGUGACAUUGACACAGAGAAGUAGAAAAAAUGGCAGCGAAACAUCGGAAACGCCACUAGGAAGUCUAGAUAGAACCAAAGUGUCCUUGGGGGACUCGGAGAAAACGACGGAUUCGAAAAGAUUCAUUCGAGAAGAAUGGGGAACCCAAGGCACGAUGCACAAGAUCUACAAAUGCAUAAAGAAAGGCGUGAAACCGUUGGACUUGCAUUACCUCGUUACGAAAGGUCCGAUCAUCUCGGGCCACCGCCGAGUUAUCGCCGCUCGCUGUUUCACUUCCAUGCUGAAAUUGAAACAACAUGGGUUUAUUAACAUUGUAAAAGAUUCUAAUACGUAUGAAAUUAAAGAUAUUGCUCUGGGAAGCAAGAUUAUUUCCAGCAAGAAGCAAGAUUAA